AUGACAAUAAGGUGGAAUAAGCAACAGCAGCAACAGCAGCAGCAGCAGCAGCAGCAGCAGCAGCAGCAGCGACGGCGACGACAGAAGCGAACGCAAAGCAGCAAGGCCCCGGCAAAGGCCGUUUCGCGCAUUGAAAACUCCCGGGAACGGACCCUGAGGAGGCUCGAGAGUAACGAACGCGAGCGGAUGCGUAUGCACGACUUGAACGACGCCUUUCAGUCAUUGCGCGAGGUAAUACCACACAUUUCGAAGGAACGUCGAUUGUCAAAAAUCGAGACACUAACUCUCGCAAAGAAUUAUAUUGUUGCGCUAACCGAUGUCAUCUGCAGGAUGAGACAGGAGGAAGCUGUAAAUGAACAACAACAGCUCGGAUCCAACGUGAACGAAGAUCAUCAUCGACCUUCUCACAAUGAGCAUGGCAUUAAUAGUCGCUACUCUCACGCUACAAAUGCCAGUACUCCAACGUGCUCGAGGUCUUCAAGUCCAUCAAGAUACUGUAUAAGUAAUGAGGUUGAUUCCCCUUGGGACAGUGACUCGCUUUCAAGUUUCGCAAAUGAAUCAAUCGAAUAACGUAUCAAUCA